AUGAACAAGGGAAAAGUGCUUGUUGUGUCUAAUCGUCUUCCAGUGACCAUUAAGCGGAAAGACGAUGGCAGCUACGAAUACUCCAUGUCCUCCGGAGGAUUAGUGACCGCUCUUCAAGGAUUGAAGAAGUCUACGGAGUUCCAAUGGUACGGCUGGCCUGGCUUGGAGUUACCAGAGAACGAACAAGACAGAGUCAAUCAGGACCUUAUGGAGCAAUUUAAAUGCUGUGCCAUUUUCUUGAGUGACUCUAUUGCCGAUUUGCAUUACAAUGGCUUCUCUAACAGCAUAUUGUGGCCCCUUUUCCAUUAUCAUCCGGGCGAAAUGAACUUCGACGAGACAGCUUGGGCUGCUUAUAUUGAAGCCAAUCGCCAGUUUGCCCGAAAGAUUGUGCAGCAGGUUGGCGAUAACGACAUGAUCUGGGUCCAUGAUUACCACUUGAUGUUAUUGCCCCAGAUGUUGCGGGAGGAAUUGGAGAAUUGUGAAAAGACACCGAAGAACGUUAGAAUCGGCUUUUUUCUUCACACUCCAUUCCCAUCAUCCGAAAUUUAUCGAAUUCUCCCUGUGAGAAGAGAGAUUGUCACUGGUGUCUUGAGUUGCGAUUUGAUCGGCUUCCACACCUACGACUAUGCUCGUCAUUUCUUGUCCUCGGUAUCAAGGAUUGUUCCGAAUGUGAACACUCUCCCAAAUGGUGUGGAAUUUGAAGGCCGGUCUAUUCAAAUUGGGGCAUUUCCCAUCGGCAUUGAUGUUGAAAAGUUCACGGAAGGUGUGAAGAAACCCGAAGUGGUAAAAAGGGUCGAACAAUUGAAGCUGAAAUUUGACGAUGUUAAGGUCAUCGUAGGUGUUGACAGACUUGACUAUAUCAAGGGUGUUCCUCAGAAGUUACAUGCUUUUGAGGUGUUCCUCACAGAGAACCCAGAGUGGGUCGGCAAGGUGGUUUUGGUACAGGUUGCCGUUCCAUCAAGAGGCGACGUUGAAGAGUAUCAGAGCUUGAGGGCCAACGUCAAUGAGCUUGUGGGCAGAAUCAAUGGUCGUUUUGGUACCGUUGAGUUUGUCCCUAUUCACUACUUGCACAAGUCUGUCUCAUUUGAGGAGCUCAUAAGUCUCUACAGAGUUUCGGACGUAUGCUUGGUCAGUUCAACCAGAGAUGGAAUGAAUUUGGUCAGCUAUGAGUACAUUGCAUGUCAACAGGAAAACAAUGGUGUUCUUAUCUUAUCCGAGUUCGCAGGUGCUGCUCAAUCGCUUAAUGGUGCCCUUAUUGUCAAUCCAUGGAGCUCUGAAGAUAUGUGCGAGGCCAUUAAGGAAAGUUUGACACUCCCAGAAGAAAAGAAAGCCAUCAACUUCAAUAAAGUGUUCAACUACAUCUCGAAAUAUACUUCGGGCUACUGGGGUGAAAGCUUCGUGAAACAGUUGUCGAAAUGCAACGCUGAAAAAAAACCAAGUCAAUGGAGUUAA